CUGGUCUGAUGAAAGAAAAGUCGAAAAAAGGAGGAGGAAAGCGAAAAAUCCCAACCAGCAGUGAAGCAGUCGUUCGCUUGGUCGAGAAAAACAUUUUCCUCGUAGCCGUGGUUCGUACCGUACCUGUAAUACGUGAAUUGAAAUCGCGACGUCGGACUACCGCAAAGUGCAAGAUGUAGAUAAUCUCGCGUUCCGCGCAGUGAGUGUUUCCAAUGAAAUCGGUACCACUACCUCUGUACUUUUUUCAUUAUUCGUCAUCAUCAUCGUCGCCUUCGCGAUCCGCCGCAGGUUUUCUCAGCGAACAGUGACCAGCAUCAGCACAGGAGGAAUUUUGCCUGUUUUCGCUAAUGAACUCACAAAGAUUCCGCUCUCGCGUGAAUGUUGAUUGUGUAAAAAACUCGGUCGUCUGGUGCGUUCCAGUGAAAUCCGGACUCCGCAUUCCGUCGUGAAGGGUUUUCUGCGCUGGCUCUAACAAGAGGAUCAUAGUGAGGUGUGGUGUAGAAAAGCAGUGCGUAGUUUUUUGUGCUGUGGAAAGUUUACUAAGCCAAACCAGUUGCAAUCUGUGCGGUUCGUAAGGAUUAGUUCAAUACCCGAAUCUCUAGUUCGACACAAAAUGGAACUAGCCUCGUGAGCCAAAUAUAGUGCAAUCCGUGACCUUCGACCAGCUAUCUCUCGGUUUCGAAUCAGUUCAUAUGAUUUGCUCGACGUUUGCGAAGGGGAGAAUCCAAGUGCUCAGUGUAAGACAAGUGGAUACAAAAAGAGGGAGUGGAAGGUUGUGGUUUUCAGCUUCGGUCGGUCGACUCAGACAGAGCACCAUCAGGUCUAGCGGGAGAAUGCAAUAGUAGCACGCAACCAAACUAGAAAUGGCAUAAGUCUGCUAGUUGAAACAGCAAAAAACGGCAACAACAAUAAUAAAACGAUCGUUCCACUCCAGCUCGAUGCGGUCCGCUACAUGGGUGCGUGUCUAAGGUGGCGGCAGUGCGAAAAACGUGAAUCGAAGUGUCAGUUAUUACGAUGGGAAAAGUGUAAAUUUGAUUCGAUGGCUCCCCCAAGCACUAAGCCGAAUGAAGAAGUUACAUAGUUAGAAGCUCAGUUCUCGCGCAUGGUGCCCAAUAAAUGGCCAGAGUGACAUACUGGCAGUGAACAACCGUUACCAACGAUAUUGAGCCGAAGAACAGUGUCACCCCAUUGCAGUGUGGUUGAAGGGAAGAUUAAGAAAAGUAGGACCACCUACACUACCGGCAGUCGAAACAGUGAAAAUAUAAUCGAAAAGUGUGGUGGUUUGGAUAAAGAAAUCAACGACAGCGACGGCAGCAAUUGUAGCAAAAAAGGAGUGCUUGGAACGUCAAACAUGAGCUGGCUCCGAUCUAGCCCAUUGCGGCAAAGUUUCGGCAAAUCUGGAGGCGGCAGUGGCUCCAGUGGUCGCGGUUCCAGCUCCACUAACGGCACCGUACGGGCGUUCGAUGCGUCCGAGUGCGAUCCGAAGGCGUGCUACGAUAGUUUUUGCAUCCAUUGGCAGCAGGCGUACGAGAUUAUUCAGCGAUCGGAGAAUAAUCGUGGCCAAUCGCACGAUGACGUCCUCGGAGUGGUCACUCAUCUGGAUCACAUGGUCACACUGUUGCUGGUGGAGUUACAUCACUGCAAUAAGCUGAGCCUGCCGGGAGCUCCCGCUCCAGCGGCGCCCUGUUUGGAGCACUUGCUUAGCGAGAACCUGCUGGAUAAGCUCUACGAAUGGGGCGUCAAAACGGGAAGGUACGCCAAUGCUGUCCGGUUAGAGCAGCUCAAGCUGUACGAGCAACUAGUCAGUCACAGCCGGCAUCAGCUGCUGGUGCAUGAACCGUUUCUGCGGCCCCUGCUGAAAAUAUUGGCAUCCAGUCAGAACGAGAUCUACCCGCCGGACGUGGAGAAACGGUUGGUUAUUCUUCUGAACCAGCUCUGUGUGGUGCUGAUGCAGAACGUGCACCUUUUGGAUUUGUUCUUCUUCUCGACUGCACAGCAGCAGAACGGAAGCGGGGGACAUACCAAUUUCAUAAUCUUCUCCCUGCUGAUACCGUACGUACACCGGGAGGGUUCACUGGGCCAUCAAGCCCGGGACGCGCUGCUCUUGUGCAUGGCUCUGUCCCAGAAGAACUCCAACGUGGGGACGUACAUUGCGACGUAUUCAUCGAUAUGCCCCGUGCUGGUCACCGGUUUGGGUGGGUUGUACUCCCGCCUACCGAACCAAAUCGACAUCAAAACCAUCGACUGGUAUCGGAUAACGACGGACGACGUGACGGAAAUGCAGGAGUUGACGUUGUUCAUGAACUCGCUUGAGUUUUGCAACGCCGUAGUGCAGGUGGCACACAGCAUGAUACGGCAGCAGUUACUGGACUUUUUGUACCAAGGAUUUUUGGUACCAGUGCUCGGUCCGGCCAUACUGCAGACAUUUAAAGGUCGAGGUCAUUUGCAGACAAACGUCGAGUCGCAGGUUUCGGCAAUGGCUUAUCUGGAUCUUAUCGUACGCUCGGUAACCGAACCGGGCUUAAUACAGAUAGUGGUAAAAUUUCUCUUGGACGAGGAGAAAUUCGAUGGCCAGCGGAUAUUGGACGUUCUGGUUGAACGACUCAACAGCAACGACUCACGGCUUUGCAUGAUCUCCUUAUCAUUGUUCGAUACUCUGCUGAGUCUCAAUUGCGAAGACAUUAUGCUGGAGUUAAUACUCAAGUACCUGCUCAGCUGUCAACACGUGCCCAUCUCACAUCGGUUCAAGGUGAACCGAGUGGAUCCGUACAGCAAUGCCGUCGAAUACUUCCUGAACACGACUCCUGAAAUUAUGAAGAAAGUGAAUAACGUCCUCAGUAUCAACAAUAACAACAACUACAAUCAGUCACCGAUGAUAGGAAGUGGGGUGACAUCUAACUCCCAGAGUGGACGGAAUAUUAGCAAAACAAUUGGUGCCAACUGGAACCACUACGGAAUCAAUACGGGCGAAACGCUACUGGCCAACUACCAAGCGUAUCUGUUGGAGGCCCGCAACCGUAUAGUCCAAUGCAAGCAUGCCUGUGAUCAGUGGAACAAUAUGUAUCGUUACCAAAAAUUGAGCAAGCUGGUGAACAAUAGUAAUAGUGUAGGUCCUAACGGUAGUGGAACGGUUACGAGUGAAGACGUUCAAGCGUAUAAAGUACAAAUGAUCAAAAACUUUCUGGCGGAAUUUACAACCGGUCCGGAUAGCGCGGUCGAUUUGACGGCGGCGGAUAUCGACCGAUCGAGUCAGUGUCAGUCUCCCGCAGGGAUGUUUGGAACAGGAGGUGGGAUGCAUGGGUCACAUCUAAUGGCAACGACGUCCAAACAACUGGACAGUUUACAAUCGCUGGGCGAUAGCAGUGGGUACGAAAGUUUAAACAUCACAAAUCUUGGGACGGGCAGCGAGGAUGGUCGGCGGCAUGAAACUUGGAAGGUGUCCAGUGUAAAAGAGGAAACCAUUGUGGAUCUAGAUCUAUCGGAAGAUCUGUUUGCACAGGGGACCGUAAGUUUAGGUCCCUUCCUAACAGCCAUAUGGGGCAAGCUGCAAACAUUUACCAGUAAUUGCCUGUAUGUCAACCUGCACCUCACCGGGUUGAUCAGUCAUCUGUCGUGGUUUCCUCUGCCGUUGCUUCAUUCUAUUUUGUUGCGACCGGAUAUACCGACCACAUCUGAUACGCCAUCUUUCCAUCAAGUCCUAAAAAUCCUCAAACAGCAAAUCGAUGCCGAGUUGCCCGACUGCGACGAAUCGCUCGAGAUUGUGGACGUGGCCCGAUCGUUCCUCGUCGACCGGGAGUUCCGGCUCAUCAACAUGCGCAAGAAUGCCAUCGAGUCGAAUCCGAACAGCAGCCGGCUGCUGCUCCUGAACGGUGGUGCCGGACCGUCCGGCACUGUAUCGAUGACCUCCAGCCUGUCGCAAACGACGCCCAUGCAGCUCACGCCUAGCUCGUCGUACGAUCCAUUCAAACGAAACGAUUCCAAGCGGAAAAGCAUAUCCAACUCGUUUUCCAGUAUUUUCCGACGACCCGGGUCUUCCGCUUCAUCUGGUAUAGCACAAGUUUUUCAAUUCUUUACCGGAGGAGGCUCCAACAGCAACAAUUCACCGGCCAGUCAUCAGUCCUCCGCAACACCCUCUCCAGCAGGCUCGCAGCAGUACCUUUCAUCCAACAGCUCCGGGGUAAGUAGCUUCAUGGGCAGCAGUCGGCGAGAUUCACGUGAAGCAGAAACUCAGUUCGUGGAUCAUCCGUCGUCUCUGGGUGGACCAACGGCUAGCAGUCUCACCGCGACUGGCAGUCCCCACAACAGCCUGGAGUACUCGUUGGUUAAUAUCAACGGUUCCAUCGUUGGUGGUAUAGGAAGCGAACGGCAGCGGGAUUUGGCGGUCAGCGCCGUUGUGUUGGACGAGUGGCUGAAGGAACUUUCGGCCAUCACCCAGGAGCAGUGCAUUAUGAUGGUUUCGGAUCAGGUGCUAUCUCAAAAGCUGGGGAAAACCAGCUGAGGUCGAUCGGGACAAGGAGGUAUCUCGCGUAGAAGGCCGAUCAAAACUAGUUGAUAAGAGAGCGUUAUUUAAAUUUUAUUAAGCUAUACAAAGUCUAUUCUAUCGUCUACUUCUGUUUAAGAUUUUUAUUAUUGCAUUAUGUUUUAGAUCUAAACUGCGAUCUUGUGUACGUCUGAGAAACUUCGUUAUGUUUUCAUAAUAAGUACAUCACAUCUGUUUAUUUCAAAAAUGAAAACUAUUUUAUAUUAUAGAUUUAAUAUUUUAUAUGUGUCUUAUUUUCCUUUUCAAAAUAUAUGUUUUAUUUUAACUAGCUCAUGCGUAAGACAUUUUUAUUUUGGAAAUGAACUGAUUUUAGGAUUGCUAUGAACAAAUUUUUGAAGGCAUAACUUUGGGUCUCCUGCGUGCGACUUUCUCUCUCUUCAUAUUUUGAACAAACUCAAACAUUACAACGACUUUCAACUAACUUCGAUCAAUGAUCGAAUAAGCUAUCUUAUAGAACAGUAUGCACUAGCUACUAUCGUAACAACAGCCGACCAAAAGCCAAAAAUAGCAUCAUCACGUCCAUAGGAACAGCCCUUCUUAACAAACGAUAUUGUUCUGGUUUGUAAGUAUUUACGUAUUAUAUUUGCUAUAUAAUGAUGGAGGAGUUCACACAAGUUGAGAAUGCAAUAAAAUUAGUAACGAUUAUGCCGCGUAUAGAUAACAAAAUGAAAUAACGAUGUUGUAAAAAUGAAACUAGUGAAAUGUGUUUUUUUUUCGAUGAGCGAACUUUAAAAUUUUGUAUGAAAAUAUAACUGGUUGAUAUUUGAGAGCGAGAGACACUAA